GGAGCCCCAGCCGCCCGGCCCCGGCCUGGGGCUCUCGGCCCCGGCCCCUACCUGAGCCAGGCCCAGCCGCGGGCUUCACGCCCACGCGGCGGCCGGUCCUCGCGCAGCAGGCGGGGAAACUGAGGCCCGGGCGGCCGGGGCGUGGCCGGCCCCCCGGCGAGCCCGAGCCCCCGCCCCCGGCCAGCCCCGCCCCGGCCCGUAAGAGGCCCCCUGGGUGAGAGGCGAAAGCGCACAGCGCGGCGCCGGGGCCGGGGCCAGGACCGCGAUGGCAGCUCAGCGGCUGGGCAAGCGGGUGCUGAGCAAGCUGCAGUCUCCGUCGCGGGCCCGGGGGCCGGGGGGCAGCCCCGGGGGGCUGCAGAAGCGACACGCGCGUGUCACCGUCAAGUACGAUCGGCGGGAGCUGCAGCGGCGGCUGGACGUGGAGAAGUGGAUCGACUGGCGCUUGGAGGAGCUGUACCGUGGCAGGGAGGCAGACAUGCCCGAUGAAGUCAACAUCGAUGAACUGCUGGAAUUAGAGAGUGAAGAGGAGAGAAGCCGGAAAAUUCAGAACUUUGUCCAGGAGCUACUGGUGAAGCUGCGAGGCCUCCACAAGCAGCCGGGCCUCCGCCAGCCCAGCCCCUCCGGCGACGGCAGCCUGAGUCCCCGCCAGGACCGCGCCCGGACCGCGCCGCCCUGACGCAUGCCCCGGCCUCUGUGACCCCCCUCCGCCGCCCCUGCUUCCCCCCGGCCCUCAACACGGCCCGGCUUGUUUAUACGUUGUAUUUAAUGGUUCUGUAACAAUAACACUGCGUGCCUGUUUUUCCUCUCCCUGGUCACUGUGGGCUUCCCUGUGCCCCCCCCACCUCCCCCUGCUCCCGCUGCGCCUCCUCCUGUCCCAGCACCCACAGCUGGCCCGCAGCUGGCCCCGACAGAUGGAGGAUCGCUCCUCAGCCUGGGAGCAUGAGAACAGGCCCUGCUGACCUCGCACCCCUGGGACUCACAUCCUGUCCUCGCCUCCCCCAGCCGUGGCCCAGUCCCAGCCAGCAGGGCCUCAGUGUGGGGGUGGCACCGGGGGCUUCUUGGGGGCGACUACCUGUGGUCCCUGGGCCAGAGGAGACGCCUGAUGUCAUCAUGGUGCCCUGGGAACAAACCAUUCAUCCUCCCUGUAGAUGUCAUUGGGUGCGUAUUGAAUGCUUAGUAUGGCCAUCGGCAGGUAAUGAGGCCACGAAGAUCAGCCACAAAUGGUCCUUGGCAUCAAGAUGCUCACGCGCUGGUGGGGAAGAAGGACCUGCGGGCAGGGAUUAGAGCAAAGUGUGCCGAAUGGUCCAAGAUACUCGGGAGCCCAGGGAAUGGGAGGAGCCGCUCACUCUGGGGGUGGUGAAGAAAUCUAGGAGUGCUUCCUAAAGAAAGUGACAUUGCUGGAGUUCCCGUUGUGGCGCAGUGGUUAAGGAAUCCGACUAGGAACCAUGAGGUUGCGGGUUCGAUCCCUGGCCUCUCUCAGUGGGUUAAGGAUCCGGUGUUGCCAUGAGCUGUGGUGUAGGUCGCAGACACGGCUCAGAUUCCACGUUGCUGUGUCUCUGGUGUAGGUGGCGGUUGUAGCUCUGAUUCGACCCCUAACCUGGGAACCUCCAUAUGCCAUGGGAAGCAGCCCUAGAAAAGGCAAAAAGACAAAAAAAAAAAAAAAAAAAAAAAAAGAAGAAGAAGAAGAAAGUGACAUUGAGAGAGUUCUCUUGUGGUGCAGCAGGUUAAGGAUCUGGCAUUGUCACUGCAGCAGCUUGGAUCACUGCUGUGGUGAGGAUUUGAUCCCUGGCCUGGGAACUUCCACAUGCUGUGGGUGCUAGGGGAAAACAAGUGAUGACAUUUAGGCAGGGCUUUGAAGGAUGCAUAGGAGUUUGUGUGAAAUGGGUAUUUCCCAUAUCUGAGGACUCCACACUGGUGGGUAGAGGGAUUGACAGUGGGGCUGAGCCAGGGAAGAUUCCUAUUAGCCUAACUACCAAUGAGGACAGACAGGUUCCCCAGACCUGGAUCAGGGAAGGUCCCUGGGCUGUGGCAUCCUUGUGCUGGGGGUGCUGAAAGGUCUUAGGGGAAGGGCUAGGGUAUCAGAAGUGGGUAGUGGCUAUUUACCAAAAACUGGAAGCAUGUCAUUACUUUAAAACACUAAGUCUGGUUGUAUCAUUGGUGCUGGCUGCGUACAAGAGGAGACGGGGUGGGGCCGUGGCCGGAGCUGGGGAACCUUCCUCACAGAGCAAAGCACAUCUCCCACCUCUACUGACUAAAAUGGGUCCCACCCUCCAUGCCCAUCCAGUGCCACCCAGCAGCCCUGCUAGGAUCAGUCAUCCAUCUCAGGGGCCUGAGCGCUGGCCUGGCAGGAAGAGACGUCAACCUUGAAAAAGAGGAGCAUCCAGAAGCACCCGGUCUGUCCAGCCCUUCUGGUGACCUUGCAGACAGACCUCAGGCUUCCAGUGUCCCCUCCCCUCCACACAACAGUAUAGAGAGCGUAAUGGAGGAAUCCCUCCUCCUGGCAUCCAAGCAAAGCCUUGGGUAUGCCAUGUGUUGGGUCUCUCAGUUUCCUCAUCUGGAAAAUGGGGACUUCACAGAUGAGGAAACCGAGGAUCAGAUCAGUGAUGUCAUUUGCCUAAAGUCACCCAGCUGGGAAGUGGCACUGGGCUUCAACUCCAGGCAUUAUGACUCCAGAAUCCAACUUCUACUCUACAGCGCCCCUAUAAACCAUAGCAAUGACAGCUCUUCUUUCGUGGCAGGAAGAGGUGGACUAAUUCAUACUAAGGUGUUAGUGACUGCAUGGCUCUCUGAAUUAUCCUGUCUAAAGAGCAAGGCAACGAGAGAACAAGGCUACUACUCAAGGAUUGGGAAGCAGUGGUAAGAGCAUGGACUCUGGGGUUAGUGUCUGGAUUCAAAUGCCAUCGGUCCUCCUUCCUAGCUGUGUGGUUUUGAGCAAGUCACUUUAACCUCUCUGUGCCCCAGUUUCCACAUCUGUGAAAUGAAGAUGAUUAAACUAGUACCUGCCUCC